ACAGGGCCAAGGUUGUCCGAAAGGUGAAUGAACGAUCCCUCCGCCCGUCAUUAUUACUACGGCCCAGGAAGACCAGAUCGUCCCUUCGUUUCAUUUGGGUUCUUUUUAGGCCAUUUCGGCCUUGGGUAGAGCUGUGUACUAGCAGGAGCAGGAGCUCAGGGGUUGUUCAACCCUGCUCACGUAACUCAGUCACCAAACAAACUUCCACGCAUUCACUCGUCGUGUGCCAUCUCUCGAACUGGUUUAAGGGACCUUAUCUUUAACAGGCGUUCCGGAAGCGAGAGAUGCACUACAGAACCCAGCAGUUUCGAACCCGAAACUAUUCGACUUUUAGAAUUUAUUUUUAGGAAGGAAUUUCGUUACAAGGCUGGAGUCUUCGGAGACUGUCGACAACAAUUUGUCGAACAAGAAACCCAGUCAUCAUCCAAUUCGACCGCGGAAAAAUAAGAAAAUGUUCAGUUUUCACAAACCAAAAAUCUACCGUUCGGGGACGGGCUGCUGCAUUUGCCGUGCAAAAUCCAGCAGUUCCAGGUUUACCGAUUCUGGGAAAUAUCAGCCGUAUUUCGAAGCUUGUUUUCACCUGGAAGAGGAACGCUCGGGUGACAUUUGUAACGCUUGCGUCUUACUUGUUAAACGCUUUCGCAAGCUCCCGACCGGAUUGCUGCGGCACUGGGGCCAUGUAGUCGAUGCCCGGGCCAAUACCAAAGUCCGUCCUAAAAUAUCUAUAGUGCAAAAGGCUAACCAGCCUGAAGAUGAAGAGGAAGGAGGUGUUGACGACGGCGAUGAUGAUGACGACAUAAAAUUAGUCUCCAAAGUAAUUCGCAAGAAACGUCGAGAAAAACGAGAAGAAAAACACUGGAAUCGCACUCGCAGUAAAAUAAUAACCAAAAUAGAAAACCAGAUGCCUAGUUUUCUCGACCCUCAGUUGUGGCACAGAGAAACUGUUUGUUGCGGAACCAUUUUCCGUGGCCCGAUGAACGCCAUCGUGAUCGACACAAAUAAUUUUCGACCGUGUUUGGCUCGUCGGUCAAGUCGUGAAGAAUCAAUCAGUUCAUCUUCGCCCAGCGGAGGAGCCAGUCCUUCUAGUAGCGAUUCGCCUGUUGCCUCGUCGUCACAAAUCCAUUACAAGGUGGACACCGACAAGGGGAGUGGAUGCGAUUCAGAACCAGAAACGGCAGAGUUUGACCAGCCGUUUGAGAGCCAAAACGGCCAUUCCAAAAUGGCAGUACCGGCCGCAUUUUAGUAACAAUUUAAAUUUUUAAAUUUAGGCGCGCUUCCUCCUUCCGCGACGCGAAAAAAAACCCAAACCUGAAUUUUUUAAUCCAAAAUGAACAAUAGACCCCAAUUUCUUUGACGGGCCAUUCCUUCUUUUACAAAAAGAAAAAAAGGAAUUCGGCUUUUAAUAGUUCAAUUUCGUUACAAAAACAAAAAAUGCCCAAAACCCAUCCCAGUGUUCAUCUAGUAUCGUGUGGUUGGUCUUUUUUCUCUCUCCCAAAGAGAACAAACACAAAUUAGUUCAAAUGUUUAAAUUUAAUAAUUAACACUUUACGUCUCACGUACUUUACAAAAUAAGACAAACAAAAAUAAAUAAAAAAAAAUGGCUCUGUGCGCGUCACUGUACUCUGUGCAGCUUAAUUAAUCAAUAGUCGUGGUUGUGUGUUUUCUACAACGUUUGUUAAUGCAAUGCUGCAAUAAACGAACAAGUAUCGUACCAAAA